UUCCAGGCGCAGAAGACACCCUGUUUUUUUAUAAACACGUUGCAGUGCGUUUAGAUUUUUUAAGCGCUGAUUUGAAUUAAAUAUUUGUUUUAAACAAUUGUCGGGAGCGUAAGAAAUCUUAAAUGGCCACCAGCGAGCGCAAGGGCACCUUUAAGGUGGAGUAUCUGCAGCGGAUCGAGCAGGAGGUGCAGCAGCGCUGGGAGAAGGAGCGCGUCCACGAGUCGGAUGCCCCAACGGCGCCUAAGAAGCGCCAGGCGGAGAAGUUCUUUGUGACCUUUCCCUUUCCCUACAUGAACGGGCGCCUCCAUUUGGGUCACACCUUCUCGCUGUCCAAGGCGGAGUACUCGGUGAGGUAUCAUCGCCUCAAGGGACGCCGCGUCCUGUGGCCCUUUGGCUUCCACUGCACCGGAAUGCCCAUUAAAGCGUGUGCAGAUAAGCUGACCCGGGAGAUCCAGGACUUUGGCUAUCCACCCAAGUUUCCUGACAAUCAGGAGGUUGCUCCUUCCCCCACUGAAACCUCUACAUCUGAGAUCCCCAAAGACAAAUCCAAGGGCAAGAAGAGCAAGGCGGUGGCCAAAACGGGAGCGGCCAAGUACCAGUGGCAGAUCAUGCAGAGUUUGGGCCUCCAGGAUGAGGAAAUCAAGGAUUUCGCUAAUGCCGAACACUGGCUAAACUACUUCCCACCGCUGGCGGUGCAGGAUCUCAAGCGGAUCGGCGUGCACAUCGACUGGCGACGCACCUUCAUCACCACGGAUGCGAAUCCCUACUUCGAUUCCUUUGUGCGCUGGCAAUUUAAUCAUUUGAAGGAACGCGGAAAGAUUAUGUAUGGCAAAAGAUACACCAUCUACUCGCCGAAGGAUGGACAGCCGUGCAUGGACCACGAUCGCUCCUCGGGCGAGGGAGUGGGUCCCCAGGAGUACACGCUCAUCAAGAUGAAGGUUCUGGAAAAGCCCAAGGCUUUGAGCUCCCUGAAGCAACCCAUUUACCUAGUGGCCGCCACAUUGCGUCCGGAGACGAUGUACGGGCAGACCAACUGCUGGCUGCACCCGGACAUCAAGUACAUCGCCUGGCAGACGAGCAAGAACAACGAGGUGUGGAUCAGCACGCGCCGGGCGGCCAGGAACAUGACCUAUCAGGGAUUCACGCCCGUCGAGGGAGAUAUUAAGGUUCUAGCGGAGUUGACUGGCCAGGAUCUGCUGGGCGUAGCCCUUUCAGCUCCCCUUACCCCGCACAAAGUGGUCUACACGCUGCCCAUGCUGAGCAUCAAGGAGGACAAGGGCACGGGAGUGGUCACCUCGGUGCCCUCCGAUUCCCCCGAUGAUUAUGCCGCUCUGGUGGAUCUGCAGAAGAAGGAGGCCUUCCGCCAGAAGUAUGGACUCAAAGAUGAGAUGGUGCUCCCGUAUGAACCCAUUCCUAUCAUAGAAGUGCCCACUUUGGGCAAACUGAGUGCUGUUCAUGCCUAUGAGACCCUGAAGAUUCAGUCGCAAAACGACAAGGACAAGUUGGCCGAAGCCAAGGAGAUGUGCUAUCUCAAGAGUUUCUAUGAUGGCGUGAUGUUGGUGGGGGAAUUUGCCGGCCGCAAGAUUCAGGAUGUGAAGAAGGAUCUGCAAAAGCGACUGGUGGAUGCCAACGAAGCGGAUGUCUACUACGAACCGGAAAAGACCAUCAUGUCGCGUUCGGCGGAUGAGUGCGUGGUGGCCCUAUGCAACCAGUGGUAUCUCAACUACGGCGAACCCGUUUGGCAGGCGCAGGCCACCAAGAUCCUGCAGGACAUGGAGACCUUCCACGAGGAGGCGCGCAACAAUUUCGAGGCCUGUCUGAAUUGGCUGCACGAGUACGCCUGCUCGAGGACCUAUGGUUUGGGAACCAAGCUGCCAUGGGACGACAAGUGGCUGAUUGAAUCGCUCUCGGACUCCACCAUCUACAUGGCCUUCUACACGGUGGUUCAUCUGCUGCAGGGAGGAACCUUCCGUGGCGAGAAACCAGGUCCCUUUGGCAUUAAACCCGCCGAUAUGACGGCUGAAAUCUGGGACUACAUCUUCUUCAAGGAAACCCCGCUGCCCAAGAAAACAGCCAUCAAGCAAGAACACCUGGCCGUUCUGCGUCGCGAGUUCGAGUACUGGUAUCCCAUGGAUCUGCGCGUCUCUGGCAAGGAUCUCAUCCAGAACCACUUGACCUUCUGCCUCUACAAUCACGCUGCCAUUUGGCCAAACGACGAGAACAAGUGGCCCAAGGGAAUGAGAGUCAAUGGUCACCUUUUGCUCAACUCGGCCAAGAUGUCCAAGUCGGAUGGUAAUUUCCUGACUCUAACCGAAGCGGUGGACAAGUUCUCCGCCGAUGGCAUGCGUCUUUGCCUCGCCGAUGCCGGCGACAGUGUGGAGGAUGCUAACUUUGUGGAAAGCACCGCGGAUGCGGGCAUCCUGCGGCUGUACACGUUUAUUGAGUGGGUCAAGGAGCAGCUGGACAACAGGAGCAGUCUGCGAAAGGGCAAGGAUAAAACCUUCAACGAUCAGGUCUUCCUCAGUGAACUGAAUUUGAAGACGCAGCAAACGGAUGAUAACUACCGCAAGAUGUUGUUCAAGGAGGCGCUGCGCAGUGGCUUCUACGAGCUCCAGUUGGCCAGAGAUAAGUACAGGGAGCUCUGUGGCGCCCAGGGAAUGCACGAGGAUCUGGUGCUGGAGUUCAUCCGCCGGCAGGCUCUCCUGGUUUCCCCCAUUUGCCCGCACAUGGCGGAGCAUGUGUGGGGUUUGCUGGGCAACAAGGAGUCCAUUGUCCAUGCUCGCUGGCCCGAAGUGGGAGCCAUCAACGAGGUGGACAUUCUGUGCUCCGAGUAUCUCAUGGAGGCCGCUCAUUCGUUCCGUUUGAACUUGAAGAAUCUGCUUCAGGUAAAAGGUAAGGCGGGAAAGGAUAAGUCAGCUGCUGCUUCUCAACCAGAGAAACCGAAUCGCGGCCUAGUUUGGGUGGCCAAGACCUAUCCUCCCUGGCAAUGCUGCGUUUUGGACACCAUGAAGGAGCUGUUUAACCAGAAGCAAUCCCUGCCGGAUAACAAAAUCAUCGCUGCCACGCUGCAACAGAAAGCUGAGCUGAAGAAGUUCAUGAAGCGCGUGAUGCCCUUUGCCCAGAUGAUUCGCGAGAAGGUGGAGUCGGGCAAGGGCGUGGCUGCCCUGGCCGUCACCUUGGAGUUCGACGAGCGCCAAGUGUUGAUCAGCAAUCUGGAGUACCUGAAAAAUACACUAGAUCUGGAUGUCUUGGAAAUCAAGUACACCGACGACCCCUCAGCGCCCGAGAAAACCCGUGAGGAAGUUCGUCCUGGCUCGCCCUUUAUCAGCUUCUCAGUGGCUCCCAAUGUCAGCGUGGAGCUGACGAAUCCCAUCGAGCGUUCGUCUCUGUUUCAAGUCAACACUGUAAUUUCCGAAGGCGACACUGUGCAAUCGCUGCGCGAAAAGCUUUCCAAGAUCAUUGGCCUGAAAACGGAUACGGCCAACCUAAAAAUCUGGCGCUUUGAGGAUCCCGUUCUGGGUCCCCGGAAGAUCCCCAACUUUGAGGACUACAAGGCGGGAAAAACUGUGCUAGGCGAGGGCAACUUCGUUCUGGAUGUGGCGGCCAAGAAGGUGAGCCUGGAACAGGCUGGCAAACUGACGGAGGUGGGCAGAAACCUUAUCUAUGUGGUGGAUUAAAUCGAACAGCAUCACGAGAACAAUUAAUUUAUUCAUAGAAUGAAAUUGAAUCCCUGUAAAACCAAACUCUUGGCUAUUAUAAUGUACUGUGAGACGCUUGUGC